CCACCUAAAUAGAAUUUAGAAAACAACUAAAAGUAGCUAAUUUUAAAAUUAUCCUUUUAUCUGGCACCGAAGCUCAUAAGUCAUAAAGUUCCAAUCCUACAAACACAUAUACUCUCUUUCUCUCUAUCUGUACAUCUAUCCAUGACAUACAUAGAACAUACACAGAUACACAAAAAGGAUCUACUGAGCAGCAGCCAUUACUUAUUUUUCUAUCAUCAGGACAAAAACACUAAAAACACCUCCCUAUCUUGAUCGAUUACUACAGAUGGAGUGUGUUUGUGGGUGCACAACUGAAUCAACACAGACAUCAGGUAUUCAACACAGACACAGACAUAGGAUUAGAAACAGAUACUGCUGCACAGGUUUUAUGUGUGAAAUAAUGCGUUCUCUGGUUCUUCUCUUCUUCGUUUUCUGCUGGCUGUACGAAGUCACUCACUGCCGCAACUCCAUCUCUGUGGCUUCACAGAGCACGGCGGCAGACACUGUCUUUGUCAAUGGAACAGCGGCAAUCGGAAGCAUAGAUGAUGACUUUGUUUGUGCUACACUGGAUUGGUGGCCGCCGGAGAAAUGCGAUUAUGGAACUUGUAGCUGGGGCAAUGCUUCUCUUCUUAAUCUAGUAACUAAGCCACUAGUCUUGGCACCAGGAGGGUUCUUUGAUUCCAAAUGGUUCUCAGAUUUUGUUCACAAAGCACCUCAGUCUGUUCAAGUACUCACUCACCACAUAUAUAACCUUGGUCCAGGUAGUGCAACAGAUCUUGUCGACAAGAUUCUCAAUCCAUCUGUUCUUGAUGGUAUUUCCAAAACCUUCAGUGACUUACAGAUGCUAGUUAAGAGUUCGCAUACUUCAGCUGUGGCAUGGGUUGGUGAAUCAGGAGGGGCUUACAACAGUGGUCACAAUCUGGUUACAAGUGCAUUUGUAUUCAGUUUCUGGUACCUGGACCAGCUUGGGAUGUCAGCAUCUUAUGAUACCAAAACAUAUUGCAGACAAACACUCAUUGGUGGAAAUUAUGGCCUCCUUGACAUCAAUACCUUUAAACCAAAUCCUGAUUAUUACAGUGCUCUUCUUUGGCAACGACUAAUGGGAAACAAUGUUCUCUCAACAAGCUUCUCCGGGACAAAGAAACUGCGCACUUAUGCUCAUUGUUCCAAGAAAACACAAGGAAUCACAGUGCUGCUCAUCAACCUAGGUAACACGACAGUUCAAGUUGAUGUUUCAACUAAAAAUGGUGGCAGCCGCAGUACCUUGAAUUUCAAAGAAGGCCUAAAAGAUUCUAAAGCAACCAAGAACGAUGUCAGAGAAGAAUACCACAUAACAGCUAAAGAUGGGGACUUGCUCAGCCGAGUAAUACUUCUGAAUGGGAAAGAACUAACUGUAAAUUCAGCAGGGCAAAUCCCAAGCUUGGAGCCAAUGAUAGUAGAAAUAUCAGAUCCCACAUCUGUGGCACCUUUCUCUAUUGUAUUUGUUCACAUUCCCAACAUAACUGUACCUGCUUGUAAAUAG